AUGAUUAAAAUUUUGACUAACACUACAGGAUUUGCAAAGAAAUGGAAUUACUUUAACUUAGCUUUUGGUAUUUUUACAUGUAUAGCAUUCAGCUCAGCGCCUAUUUUUUCUGAUGUUAAGGAACUCCCCUAUGGUUUUUAUUGCCCCGGUAUAAAUAAAUUGGAGUCUCCUUAUUUUCAAAUUAUAUAUGCUUUACAAAUGGUCAUUACCCCAGUUGGUUGUCAUUUGUAUAUACCAUUGUCUAAUUUAUUUGUAAUAUCUAUGAUGUUUGGAACUACAAUGUGCCGUAUCUUGCAAUUUGGACUACAAUCACUUUAUCUAAAAGAGGAUUCUGAAAAAGUUUUAAUAAAUCAAAUUGUUUGGUGUAUAUCAUAUCAAAGAAAAUUGAUAAGGUAUAUCAAGGAAUUCAACAUUUUAAUUUCUAUUUUGUUUUUAAUCGAAUUUGCGAUGUAUGGAAUAAUUUUAUGCGCUUUACUGUUUUUAAUGGCAACUAUAAGCGAUUUUGCUAAUGUUGUAAUCGUUUCUGUUUAUAUCAUUACAAUGUUAUCACAAAUUUCAGCAUUUGCUUGGUUUGCUAAUGAGUUGUAUGACGAGGUAAGAUUGGACUAUUUUAAAUAUUUUUCACAUAACCUUUUGUUUAAUGCAUUUAAUGUAUUUCUAUUUUUACGUUUUGAGAGUCUUGCAGUGGGUGAUGCAGCAUAUAAUUGUUAUUGGUAUAAUUAUACUACUAGGGUCAAAAUGACGUUGAGUAUGUUAAUCUUGCGAUCACAAAGACCUCUAGCGAUUCGCAUGGGUGAUAUAUAUGAUAUGAACUUGCAGUCGCUACAAUCACUCUUAAAUGUUACCUACACAACAUUUACGCUAUUAAAGCGUGUUUAUCGAAAUCGUUAA